AUGCAGCACUCAAACUCAGGAGGAGGAUUCUUUUCCAAAAUCAAGGAAAACUACAGCACGAAAUUUGCAAACUUAUCGCUAGCAGGAGGAUAUCAAGAACAAGACGGGUCCACGGAAGACGACACACUCGUGCAUCGGGCAUUUGUCAAGUACUACGAGUCCAAGGGCUUGCCGUACCCGGAAUGGCUAGGCGUCAAGACGUUUGACCACCAAAGUCAACAAGCACAAUACGGAAGAACAACGCAGAGAAAUGGUGCUAGCAGUGGUCGAACUAGCUCGUAUACUACUAGUCAGAGCUAUGGCGAUUCGCAGUUUCAGCCUGUUAAGCAGGACAAUUUGUUCAAUAAUAGCUAUUCGCAGAGGACGUACAAUCAACAGCAACAACAACAACAGCAGCAGCAGCAGCAGCAGCAGACGGCGAGACCCGGCGCACCUGCUCGAAGCUCGAGCAGAUUACAGGACAUGUACAAUAAGUCUAGACAACAACCACUGCCUGGCUACUCAAGCGCAAGGUACUCGCGGUGA